AUGGCAUUCGUACUAACCAGCUACAGCGGGCAGAAUUGCGGUAAUCGGCGGAGCCAUAGCUAUACCGGUGCCCCGUUCUUCUCGGCCCAUGCGGCGGCCCUACUAGGCGUUGACUUGACACACGUGAUCUGCGAAGAAAGCGCCGCACCAAUCAUCAAGUCUUAUUCGCCAGACCUUAUGGUUCACCCUUACUUGAAGGAUAGUUCCAAAUUACCAGAAGGGGCUGAAAGAGCGAAAUUUAUUGAUAUUCAUGUUCUGCCCAAAGUGAGGGCUUUGCUGCAAAGAAUACACGUUGUAGUGGUGGGACCCGGUUUGGGAAGAGACCCAGCCAUGCUGGAAACGCUUCGUUUGAUCGUCCGUGAACUCAGAGAACGAGAAAUUCCGGUGAUAAUGGAUGCUGACUCGUUAUUUUUGCUCUCAGAGGACCCUGACAUACUCAAAGGCUAUGGUCGAGCAAUUAUCACUCCUAACGUGGUGGAGUUCGCACGAAUCUGCAAAGCACUUGAAAUCGAUCCGGAAGAUCCCAAAGCAGCCAUAAAAGUAUCAAAAUCACUUGGAGAUGUUGUGGUAUUCCAGAAAGGUGCAAUUGACAAGAUAGUCUCAGGUGAUCUGUCGAUAUCGGUGGACGAAGAGGGUUCCAACAAACGAGUAGGCGGCCAAGGAGACUCGCUGACGGGCCUGAUUUCCGGGUUUGUCGCGUGGGGUUUUGGUGCUUAUAAAAACAGACUGUAUCCGGAAUCAAAAAAUGAGCCUUUUUUGACGGAGCAAGAUAUUUUGAUGACGGCGUGCUUUGGAGGCUCCAUCACCAACAGAAGGUCUGCAAAUCUGGCAUUUAAGGAGCACGGACGGGCUUUACAGACCUCUGAUAUACACAAGUUUAUACCUUCUGCGUAUAGGGAGUUGUUUGAGUAA